UCCCGCGCAGGCCCCUCCCCGCCGCCCUCCCUCCCAUCUAGGGGCUUCAACGCGACCCACCGAGGCCCCGCCUUCAAACAGGCCCCGCCCCCGGACAGACUUCCCCCCCCUCCACGCCUCCGGACAGGCCCCGCCCACAGGUCACGUCCUGCCGAGGCCCCGCCCACGCCUCCGCAGCUGCUGAGCACUCCAGGGCUGGACGCUUUGGGUCGGCUCCCCAUCCUGCUGCCCAGCGACCCGGGCUGAGCGCGCCCCCUCUGCCCGCCCCGUCCCUUUCCUCGUCCCGCCCCGUCCCUCGGCUGCCCUCGCCCGACCCCGCGCUCUAGGUGUCCGGGGCGCGCAGGACUAUACAUGCUGCCUGACUGCCUUUCGGCCGAGGGCGAGCUGCGCUGCCGCCGGCUGCUGGCGACUGCCACGGCCCGGCUCCGCGCGCGGCCUGCGUCGGCCGCAGUGCUCGUGCCGCUCUGCUCAGUGCGCGGGGUCCCGGCGCUGCUGUACACUCUGCGGUCCAGCCGCCUGACCGGGAGACACCAGGGCGACGUCAGUUUCCCAGGUGGCAAGUGCGACCCAGCUGACCAAGACGUGGUGCACACGGCCCUGCGGGAAACCCAGGAGGAGCUGGGCCUGGCAGUGCCUCAGGAGCACGUGUGGGGCCUGCUGCGGCCUGUGUAUGAUCGGCAAAAGGCCACUGUGGUGCCAGUGCUUGCCGGUGUGGGCCCACUGGAUCCCCAGAGCCUCAGGCCCAACUCUGAGGAGGUGAGCUGGGGGAUGUGGCUGGGUGGUUCCAGUUCUCUGUCUACCGUCUCUGCUUCCUGCCUGCAGGUGGAUGAGGUGUUCGCACUGCCACUGGCCCACCUGCUGCAGACGCAGAAUCAGGGCUAUACCCACUUCUGCCAGGGCGGCCACUUCUGCUACACGCUACCCGUCUUCCUGCAUGGACCACACCGGGUCUGGGGCCUCACAGCUAUCAUCACUGAGUUUGCCCUGCAACUGCUGGCACCUGGUACCUACCAGCCCCGCCUGGCCGGCCCUGGGCAACCCAGGGGCUUUGAGCCCCUGGCUUCAUCCCGUCAGGCCAGCUCCACUCCAGGACUGAAUAAAGGCCUUUGACAGCUCUA